AAAAGAAAAACAACUAAAACGAACUUUGAGAAAAAAGAUAUUUGAAAUACAAAAAUUGAAGCAAAAGUUACAAAUAUGUCAACGACAAUUAAAGUUUACAAAGGAGAAGAUAAUUGAUUAUAUUAAUAUUAAAGAAAAAGCAUUAAACUUUUUAACUGGAAUUACCAAACCAGCUUUUUUUGAAUGGAUUUUGCAAGAAGUUAAAUCUUGUGUCAAGCCUAUUGUUAAAACAAUGUCCUUAGAAAACCAUUUAUUAAUUGUAUUAAUGAAGUUAAGACUUGGACAUAAAAAUAAAGAUUUAGCUUUGAGAUUUAACAUUAGUAAAGGAGUCAUAUCAAAAAUAUUUCGCUUAUGGAUAAAACAAUUAGCCAAUGUAUUGUGUAAUUUAAUUGUGUGGCCUGAACGAGCUGCUAUAAGAGCAAACUUGCCAUGUUGUUUUACAAACUUUAAAAAUUGUGUAUGUAUAAUAGACUGCACUGAAAUAUUUAUAGAAAGGCCACAUAACUUAACAGCUAGGGCUCAAACCUACUCUACCUAUAAAUCACGUAAUACCAUUAAAUACUUAAUUGGAAUAACACCAGCUGGUGCUGUAAGUUUUUUAUCAUCUGGAUGGGGUGGUCGAGCAUCAGACAAACUGAUCACAAUUGAGUCAGGUUUUUUAGAUAAAGUUUGUUACGGAGAUUGUAUUUUAGCUGAUAGAGGAUUUUUAGUGGAAGAAGAAUUAGCAACAAGAGGAGCUGUUUUAAUAAUACCAGCAUUUACAAAAAGUAAAAGUCAAAUGGCUGUAAAAGACAUUGAUUUAUCACGUCAAAUUGCUCGUGUGAGAAUCCAUAUAGAAAGAGUUAUUGGGCGUUUAAAAAAAUACCAACUAUUAACAUCAACUAUACCUGUAAGCCAGGUUGAUUUACUUGAUAGUAUAAUGAUUUCAGUAGGUGGACUGUAAUAAAAUAUUACAUCCGCCUAAAAUAUCACAUCCCCCAUUGAAAAAACGAAAGCGAGAUUGCUCGUUCAAGUCAUUGCACUUAGAAGUGUAUCAAAUACGUCCGAAACAUUCAAUUAUAAACAAUAUAAUUAAAACGCAACGAGAUUCAUAAAAACGUGUUUCUACUAAUAUACUAUAAAUGAAAUUAGCAUAAAAUGAUAUCAUUUAACAUUGAAGUAGUAUAAACAUUUUCAGUCCUCUAAAGAAUCUCACAAACCUCCUUUAUCUCUCUUUCUGUAUGCAUUAACUUCUUCAUGUGGAAAGACACGCACCAAUACUUCUCCAUUUGUAUAACUUUCAGCAAACUAAAACAAAAGUUUUUGAAUACCUUAUGCCGUCUUCGUAUUAAAUCAGUUUUAAUUGGCAAUUCAUCCAGUGAGAGUAGCCCAGCUGGCUACAGUACUUCGAUUCGAUUCUUCAAAGCAUCAAUAAAUGGAAUGGCAUUCAAUAUAUUGUUUUAUAUUUAGAAUUCAAAUUUUAUUUAAAUGAAGGCAAA